AUGGCAUGGCCAUGGAAAGAAAAUGAUCAAGAAGGAUCAGAGGCAAAGGAUGUCCGUGUUGUUGUGCCUUUCUUGUUAAAUGAUCAUCAAGAAAAUCAGUCAGUUAAUCAGAAGCAAGAACGCCAAGGAGGUGAAAGGAAUCGCCCUAGUAACAAUGAGGCUUCAGGAUCCUGGUCCUUGUCCAUCAAUAUUAACAGCACAAGUAGUUCCAGCAGCUGUGGAAGUGCCAAAAAUUGUGCUGUCAAUAAUAAAGUGGAUGUGGACACUGAUUGCUUAGAUUAUGAAAUUUUGUGGGAAUACCUGACUAUUGGAGAACAAAUUGGACAAGGUUCCUGUGGAACUGUAUAUCAUGCUCUGUGA